GAUAAGGGGCUCAGCAUCGACACUGGUGCUGCUGCUGCUGCGCUUCUCUUCACUCUGACUGUGCGGAGAUGUUGGACCGUUCCCGGUGAAAAAAAAACCCCAAACAAACCCCACCGAAGCUCUGCCCCGUGAAAAUGCCUUACUGCAAGGUGUAACCGAGCGGGAAUCACGGUCAGAAGAGCGGGGCAGAGAAGGCCAGGUCUCCGGGACAGGUUGGGAGGAUAACACCGGCAGGAUGUGGCAAGUUUUAGCAUGCGGGGCUGUAGUUUUCCCCGGUCUUUUCUUCGCCUUCAAGAAGAUUCUGCCAACUGUAUUCAAACACUGGACCAAUGCGGACGUGGUUCUGGUCAGCGAGAGACUGGUGUCAUCCAUCCACGCUCUCAUGGCAACAACAGCAGGAGUCAUUAUCGUGUCAUCAUGCAGAGGGAACAUCAUUUAUGACAGGCACUGGAUAACCACCCACUUCGUCAUCUGGUACGGCGUCCCCUACAUGACGUACGACAUCUUCGCCAUGUACCUCAGCCACUACUACCGCUACCACGUCAAAGGCCACGAGGACUACAAGCAGCAUUCGCUGAGGACCAUAAACUCCUUUGUCCGGAGAGAGUUCCUGCUGGUCCUGCACCACAUAGCGCUGCUCACCAUCCUGCUGCCUAUCACACUGUUCUUCAGGAAGGACCAGGGGGAUUUCUUCAUCGGCUGCUUGUUUCUAACCGAGCUCAGCACACCUUUCGUCUCCCUGGGGAAGAUUCUCAUUCAGCUCAGCCUCCAGGACUGCUGGCUGCAUAAGGCCAACGGCGGCAUGGUCCUGGUCACGUUCUUCAUGUGCCGCAUCGCUCUCUUCCCCUUCAUGUACUGGAUGUACGGCCGCCACUAUGGCAUCCCCCUCUACAGCGUCCCCUUCCACCUGCCUCUCUCCGCCAACCUGGGCAACUUGUGCAUCCUGGCGCCACAGGUCUACUGGUUCGUGCUGCUCUGCAGAAAGGGCUACCGGCUGUACAGGCGAAGCCGCGGGCCGCAGUCUCCUCCUGUGGCCGACGGCUCCAAGGAGGAUUGAUGUCCAGUUUGCUCUCCCUCGAUCAGGCUGCUCACUCAGCUACUAACUCAACCCCAUUAUCGUGCUGUAGUACACCAGGACUGCCUGCUCUCUCUCCCUCCACUACUCCUGGGCAUUUUCCCAUACACUCCUCUGUAACAAAUCUGUUGCCUAAUCGGAUCUCUGUUUGAUUUUUAUUUUUUAACUCUCAAGUGCUGCACUCUUCCACACUUAGAGUCCUGGAGAAAGGUCACCUGGAAAAGGAGAAAAGCGGAGUGAAGGGGACGAGGGGGGAGACUUUAUCUUAUCUUUCACUCCUGCUGUUUUAACAGCUGCUGCUGAUCGGGAAGGUUUGUUACAGCGAGAGGCUGUUACCACAGGUCGUAUUUAAAUUUAUGGUUUUAUUACAGUUCGGAUGGAUGUCACGUGGUUUUGUUUUAUCACCAGUGAGCUGUGAUCCAUGGGCUCUGCCAGCGACAUCCGCCACCUCAUCUACAUUUCACAGCUGCACGGUUACAAAUCUGCUUUAUUAUUCCAAUUAUACCGAUUGGUUAUGUUUUUCUUAUUUUCAAGAGAGAAUACGUUUCUUAAAAGUGUCCGAAGUUUCAAGGGCUUAUUUUUAUGAUCUGAUUUCAUCAUUUAAGUCGCCUUGAGGAAAGCCUUCGGUUGGUCGUGGGGGGAGUUUAAAAGUUUUCAUUUACAGCUGUGUUUUUUUUUUAUUGUUUUCCAAUGUGAAUUAGCAUUUUCAUGGCAUAAACUCAGUUUAGGUUACACUGGAGCGCCCCCUGUGAUGCUGGGAGCGGUGGGAGCGGGACACUGGGGAAACGAUAAUAGCUCAGGUUCUGGUUCAAUACUAGUUUCUCACCUGGACAGACUUGAGACGAACUCGUAAAGUGCGGAAACCCACUUUAUGGACAGACAGAAGCGUUUCGGCGUGCGGCUUUCGUCGGGGUCAUUUAACCCUUUUCGGUAGUUUAUUUUCAAACGGCUUUAUUUAGAUCAGGAAGCAGUGAAUAUCAAAGCCAACCAGUCACGCUUGCAUAUAGACAGGCUGACCAAUGAGCAGUUAAGGGGGCGGGGUUUGUUGUAAUAUAGCCUUUUAAGUUCAACCUUUAAAAAAAAAAAAAAACACUUUCUAUUUAGAUUUAGCUGUUUGAUUUUCAUGACGAAGGCAAUACACUGAAACAUAAGUCUGCUAUUCAAACAUGAUCUAUAGAUGUUACAGCUGUGGCUGAUUAAUCCCCCCCCCACUCCAGAAAUGUCUGGAUUUUACAUGUCAGCUGCAGACGUACGUUGUCAGAGCAGAGCGCCACGGUGAAGCCGUCUGUUUUUUGCCCAGAGCAGCUGACAAGAACGGCCAUAUAUCAUGUUCUUUUAAAAGAUUUAAAUCAUGUUUUGAUUUAAUAUUAAAUUUAUUUUCUAGCUUAAAUUAAACCUGCUCUACAUCUUAAACGAAAAUGACCAUUCCCUGAUACUAAUAGAUAUUUAUCUGAAAGAUAAUCAGUACUUUUUGAUUUUUUUUCUUUUUUUUUGGUUGUAUCAUGAAAUUUGUAUAGAAAGAUAUAAUUAUAUUUAGUUUCAGAUCUAGGGUUUGAUGAUAGGUUUGUGUUUAAGAGGGGUUAUUGUUUCCUGUAGCUUCACUCUAUGCAGCAGACACCGAGGUGCAUGCACUAUGUGCAGUCAGGGCGAAACCAAGUGAGCCACUCAUCCCAUGUCAGAUUUAAUCUUCUAUUUCAGUCAACCGUUGUCUUUAAACGAUUUAGUCCACUACUGAUGGUUGAGACUGCAGCUGAGCUGACUGCUGACCGAAUCACGUUCAUUUGGUUUUUACCAUCGCUAUCAGUAACAGCUGAAGAUCUGGCAUUAGGUUAGCAUCUGUAACACUAGCCCGAAUGAAUUCACAUAAGCUAUGAGACAAAGCAGAGGUGUAGCAGAAAAGUGGGUGAAGCUGAGCCAGGAUGUGCUACUGAAUUCAACUUCUUGUUCUUCUGGGGACGACGUGUGGAUUACUGAUGGGUUCAAAGUGGCAGAUGUUCUGCCUGCUUAAAAAUAUAUAUUUUUUCUGUUUGGAUGGAAAAACGUAAUUUCAUUUGAAAUAUGUUCAGCCUGCAGUGAGUUAAGAGCCCCGUACUCCCACCCCACCCUGCCAACAUCGCUCAUCAGUGACUCUUCUUCAGGUCAGAAAAGGACCAGAGCAACAUCUAUCGCUCUGAAGGCUUCAUUGCCUCAGUUAAGGCAGGUUUUGUUCCUCUCUAAUGAAACUAUGAAGAAGGUCUAGCUAUCUGCGUCUUAUCUUGAGCUCCUCACUCACAGUGAGAGCUCUGCUAUGGGAGAUCAGUUUAAACUGAGGAGAGAGUAGAAAGCAGACGGGUUCUUGCCACCAUUGCUGGAAGCAUUCCAUGUUAACAGCUUUCCUGUCUUCUCUCCUUGUGCAGAUCAGUGUUUUCUCUGCACACCCCAUCAGUCUGGCUUUCUUUCACCUCAGACCCUGCAGAUGGUUCUCUGCUCACAGUCGCUGUUUCUCACCUCAGUAUAUCUGCUCUCUCAUCCAUUUGGUCCAUUGCCAGUCAGGUUAAUGGGCUGUAAAGGUGCAGGAGGUUGCAGAGUCGAGUGAGUCCUCUGCUGCCCCCUGCUGUCAGGAGAUGUUGCUGCUUUAGGACAGCUGUCUCCAGCCUUUAUUCCAGUUUGUUUGCUUUAUUUUUUAAAUCUGAGGUUUUAAACAUAACCUAGAUACCUCAAAGCUUAACUGUUAUUUGUUGUUGCUUCUGUUCAUACAGGUAUUUUGCUGUUAAAGGUUUGCAGGGAGUUCCAGCUUCUGCUGCUGUGUGACUCUGAAGUGAGCCGUUCUCUACUUUCAUGAUGGUUACAGGAGCCAGAACAAGUCUUAAGAUGAUAAAAUCAACCCAUAAAAAUUAAUAUAAAUGUAGCAUUUCUAUUUAAAAGCCAUGAGACCCAUUUCAUUACAUUAUUUCAAUGUGUUUUGUUGGCACACAUUUCUGAAGAUGACAAUUUCAUUUGGUCUGAGAGUUUUCUGCUGGAAAUUGCCACUUUAUUGGGUACCCCACUUUAACCAGCAGACUGCUGGUUGUUUAUUAGGUAGAUAAUUAGUUCCACUGUUACAAAUGUGAUCAUUGACUCCAUCUAAAAAAAUGCAUCUUAUUAAAUUCUUCCUUGAUGAAUCAAAACAAAGACGGCUUGCAUUCAGGAUCUAAACUCUGCAGAAACCCUAAUAGUCUGAAUACACCUGAAGUGUUUUGAUGUGAAACAGCAUCUGGAGCUGCAUAAUUUCAUUAUAUAAGAUAAAGAUUUAUUCUUAAGUCUUGCAUUAUUAGAUUAUUUUAAUUUUGGUUUUAAAAACCAUAGGUCAAGCUGCUCAAUCCAAACAUUACUGACAAUCCCCUGCAGCUGUGUGCAUUUAGGGAUCUAGAUAUGAAGAUGAUUUGUUGAAGCUCAGCAGCAGAACAAGGAAGAGAUUUAAGUCUUAACAUAAAACCUUGGGGGUUUCACCUAUGAUCGGUUCAUAGACUGUGAAAUAGAAAAAGAAACAAUUUACUGAGCAGCAGCUAUGUGAAGGAAAAUGGCUCCUUGCUAUAAGAACGGGUCAGACUGGUUGGAGAUAAUGGAGGCAGCAGUGGGUCAAACAACCUCUUGUUCCAAACAAGGUCAACUCAGCGUACAACCUUGAAGCAGAUGGCUCCAGCAGCAGAAGACCUCACCUGGUAGAACUCCUACCAGCUAAGAACUGGAAACUAACAACCUUGAGCUUCAGCUGACAGAGCUGGAGGUCAUGGUUGUGUGAACUAAAGUGUCCCUUAGUCCUUGUUGAAUCCAUAAACCAAAGGUUUAAAGCGCUUCUGAAGGCAGAUGGGGUUCAACUCUUAACUUUUAAGGUGUACCUAAUAAAGUGGCCAGUUAGUGUAUCCCAAUUUAACAUUUUUGACCUUCUAACGACGUUCAAUCAUUACAUACAUUUAAGGUCUAUGUAUUGUUGACCACUGACGGCUUUCUGCUGUUAUUUAGAGUCAAGGUUAGCAUUGGUUGCUAACUUUAGCAUAAAGGCUAAUUUAAGUUGUCAUUGAACAGAUCUCUGUUGCCUCUGAAAUUCAAAUAAACUUAUUUAAUUACACAAACUGAUGCGAGACGCUAAAACCAUGGUGUUUUACUGCAGCGUUAGCUUUAGCAUUCCUCUGCUAAUUAUUUAUUGCUGGGAUACAUCAAGUUUCAGGUGUUCGCUAAGUUGUCGCUAUGGAGGGUAAUUAAACUUCAGCCACAGAGUAAAUUAAAAUAAAAUACAUUCCUUAUAGCUGUCAGAGUUAAAUCACAAGCAUAAGCUUCUUUUCAGAAAUGCUGUCACUUAAUGCUAGCUAUUUUGUUAGCUUGAUGCUAACGGUUUAGCAGGUUUAACAAUCUUUUUUGUUCCCUGCAUAAAAUAACUGUGGGUGAUUUAACUCCAGUGUGUCUGAGUAACAUCAAAAAUGCUUUAAAGAGACAACUUAUAUUAAUUGCUUCCCAAAAACAAACCUAUAAAGAAAUUUCUUAUCUUUUGCUAACAAUUGUCUUAAAACGGUUGCUCCACUUUACAAUAUGACUACCCUUAUAACUUAAGUCCCAUUGAUAGCUGUUUGCAAUUUAUAAGGCAGCAAUAAGCAGCUUUAAGGCGCUCACUAUUCAUUGAGUCAGGACUUCAGUCAAAUUAUUGACUAAUUGGUCAUAACUGGUUUAUAAAGUUUGCCUAAUAACCACUUUACUUACUAGUUGUACAUUUAUAAUGGUAGCCAUGUUGUAACGUGAUGCCGCAGUAACUAAUUUCUGGCAAUCAGACCUACAAACGGCUCAAAACCAUCAUAGUCAGUUGUAGUAAAGGUCAUGUUUCAUUGUUUUGUUCAGUUAUAAAUAAAAAUAUUCUCGUCUUUGGUUGUGAUUUGCACAUUAAAAUUAAAAGCAUCAGUACAGGCUUUAAAUAGCUACUUUAUUUGUCUAACCUGUAUCAUAAAUACAGGCUUUUGAGUCUUGAGUCUUGAAAAUGUUUAAGAUUCCAGACUUUGUGUCCCCCCUCUCUGUUUUCUAAGAAGAUAGAAUUCUAAUUUAAAGGAAAAGCAGUAAAAUAAAAAAAAAUAAAGGGGCUUUUACUUGAUUUGCUUGAUUGUUUUUUGGAGUUUCGGCCGGAGAAGCUGCAGAUAAAUGCGCCCAUAUUGUUUUGUUGGUAACUUUUCCAGAUCAGGGUUUUUGCUUUGCAGAGGUUUUCUAAACUAGGUUAGUUUGGAUACCAAACAUAUUUAAUUUUUGUGGCUUUUUUUUAGAUAUUUUUUAUUUUUACUAUUCUAAGAAAAUGAAGAUGACAAACCAGUUUCAUGGAUAUGUGUCUAAUGUAGAGCAUUUCAUUCCAGAUUUCCCACAUUAUAUUGUAUCUAUUUGUUUAAAAAAAAAAAAAAAAAAAGCUGAUUGAAGCUAAGAUGUCUUAGAUGUCAGUUUAAAACUAACCCUGUGAAAUGGGCCUUGGAGUGUGUUGAGAAAAUAGUAUCGAACCCCACCAUAUGGCAAUAUCUUCAGCCCUUCGCGUUGCUCUGUAAUGUUCACAGGGUCCAGUAAAUGUAGCGUACAGAAGCGUUACACUGAGUCGGUCAGACAUGCAGGGCAUAGCAACCUGAAGCAAACAGCUGUGGAGCAGACAAGAUAUUCAGCUCAUUAUUUAGAUUAUUUUAAACCCUGGGGAAAGCAGCUCAUCCACCACAAAGCUGGCCCCUUUUUUUAGUCUUAAAACCCGCAGGUUAAUUCAUUUAACAAAAAAUCUGUUUUGGAUUAUUCCUAAUAAGGAUGCAGCCAAUCAGCUUCCUCUAUUUUCGGCAGGAUUCAUUUUCUAAAUCAAAACAUUCGUUUUGUUUUGUAGAUUUUAAUAAAAAUGGAUUAUUAGUCUGAAGCUGGCCCUUUUCACAUGUCGCCACCAGGGGUCAGCACUCACACUCUUAAUCUUGCUGCAGACUGUACAGCUUUCCUUUAAUUUUAUUUAUUUAAUCGCUUGGAGUAAAAUGUUACAUAAAUUGUUGGGACGAGGUUGAUGCGUCCCCGUUUUUGUUCCUUAAAGUAUAAAAAAUGGGAAAAUAUUAAGUCCUUUACAAAUUUACCAAUGAAUGGAACACUGAUGAACGCUUGUUCUUGAUUAGUUGAAAGAUUUUUGCUAACAGUUACAGUUAAAAAACACUCUCAUAGCUUUAAGUUAUGACAGUUAUCAUUACCAAGCUACAAAUGUUCCUCUCUUCCUUAUUGUUACCAUUACAGUUUGUACACUAACAGUUUAAAUUUGAAGCUACAACAUUUUGUAAGUGUGUUGUUGGGAGUCCUGUGCAGCAGCUCGGUUUGCUUUUACCUCAUGCUGAUUCUGCCGGACACUCGCAUCCAUUUUUUUCAGUUUUCUUGAGCCGUGGGGACAGAAAAACAAAACUAGCAACAAUAUAACCCAAGUAAAGAAAAGCUUGACCCUCUAUUCCCUCUAAACUGAAGAGGAUAAUUAAAAUAAAAAGGAGGAAUAUCUUUACCUUCUACUCAGCAUUAGGCUGAAAAAAAAUCCCUUUUUACCACAAACACUCUGCAUGUGGCUAAAUUGAAAAAAAUAUAUAUAUAUCAGAAUAAUAAUUAUUACUGGGACUGAAUUUGAUCUGCUGACAGUGAACCAAACUUGGUCUCCGGUGCCUUGUAAUAAAUCUAUUUGUGAUAUAUCUACAAAACUGAGUUUAAAGAGCUAAGUUGGCAGGUGGUGUUUACAGGUUGUGGCUGUGUUUAUUAUGAUUUUUAUUUUUAUUGAAAGCAUUUUGAUGUUCACAAAAAAAAGGCUCAUUAAACAGAAAGGUUUAAUUUUAUUUCAAAGUUCUUGAAUCUUCAUUUAUCAAGAGAUUUAUAGCGGAUUUAUGAUUUGAUGAGGUGAAAAUCUGUUUUUUUUUUUUUUACUUUUCAGACAUAAUUUAGUUUCUUUUUUACUUUAAGAUAAAAAUGUUUAUUUUAUUCAGGUUUAGCUUGUUUGCUGUGACUGUUUCGUUAGUCCAGAGGUGUCCAAGUUGUGUGUCCAGCAGCCCACAGAAUAGGUUUUAUUGUUGUCUGCAACUGCAGUCCAGGAACAAUGCAAAUUUUGUAGGGAUUUUUAAAGUGAGAUUUUAUCUGGAGGUACAACAAAAAAACUUACUUAACCAUAAACACACGUUUAGCUUUUAAUUGUAUUUCAGAGCAAUUGGGACCUUAAAUAUCCUGUGGGUUAAAAACAAAACCAGAUCUGGAUUCUGCCUUUUAAGUGACUCCAAUCCUGUUUUUGUUGCCGAUUAAGGAAAAGAGGCAACACUCGUCCCCAUGGGCGUCCAACUUUUAGUAAAAGUAAAACUCUUGGGAUUCAAAUUUAGCUACUUUGUUGAUUUCAUUAAAAUGUGGAGCUAUCUAAAUAAACGGACAGUUUCAGCUUGCCUGUGAUUUUAUCCGCCUUGGCGAACAGUUUGGACACCUCCAUCUUAGUGAACGUGUUUGUUUUUGACGUUUGGAGUUCAGGCGUGACUCUUUCCAUAUCACUAUCUGUCCCCGGGCGCAGCACCUUCACAACCUCCAACACUUCCUGCCCCACUUAUUUUUGAUAACACUCUAAUUUUUCAUACAUAUAUAAAAUAUAUCUCAGAUUUAAUGCAUCUGUCCUUUCUUUGUAGAGUGACUUUUUUGAGGAAAAAUUUUCCUAUCUGAAAUGUGACUAAACUGUUUUAUGAAAUGAGGAGUUGUGUACUGUAGCUUGUGAAAUCAGAGCACCCCUUUAAAUCCAAUAAAUUUCAUUUG